GCCAUCUAACUCUUGAGCUAAUUCACUGCUAUUUAAUUUCCAUGGCCAACCAGCUCCUCUCCAUCGCCCCCCGCCAUGUUUCCCUCCCUGAAAACUACGUCCGGCCGGAGCCUCAACGGCCGCGCCUCCAUGAAGUCAUUGCCGGCACUUCUAUCCCCACCAUCGACCUCAAUUCCCCUGACAUCAUUGACGAAGUGGCUGACGCUUGCACCUCCCAUGGCUGCUUCCUGGUGGUGAAUCAUGGAGUGGAGUCUGUGCCGGAGAUGCUGGAAGUGUCCUCGGAGUUCUUCGACUUGCCGGCGGAGGAAAAGGCAAAGCAUUACUCCGACGACCCGAUGAAGAAGAUGAGGCUGUCCACGAGCUCCAACGUGAGGACGGAGACGGUGAGGAAUUGGAGAGACUACCUCCGGCUCCAUUGCUACCCGCUCGAGGAAUUCGUGCCUUCUUGGCCCUCUAAUCCACCUUCAUUCAAGAGAGUGGUCAGCACCUACUGCAGAGAAGUGCGUCAAGUAGGGAUGCAAAUCCUGAGGGUGAUAUCUUUGAGCCUGGAGCUGGAGGAGGAGUACUUAGUGAAGAUCCUUGGGGAGCUAGAGCAGCACAUGGCAAUCAACUACUACCCCAGGUGCCCGCAGCCGGAGCUGACCUAUGGCUUGCCGCCCCACACCGAUCCCAAUGCCUUCACCAUUCUUCUCCAGGACCCCAGCGUCCCAGGCUUGCAGGUCCUCAAGGAUGGCCACUGGAUAGCUGUGGAUCCCCAACCCAAUGCCCUGGUCAUCAACAUUGGUGACCAACUGCAGGCAUUGAGCAAUGGAAGAUACAAGAGCGCAUGGCACCGAGCUGUAGUUAACUCUGAUAAGGAGAGGAUAUCAGUGGCCUCAUUCGUGUGCCCUUGCAAGAGUGUUGUGAUCAACCCACCGGAGAAGCUGAUCACCAAUGGAUCACCUGCCGUGUACAAGAGUUACACCUACGAUGAGUACUACACAAAGUUUUGGAGCAGAAACUUGGACGACGAGCACUGUUUGGAACUCUUCAAAAGAGAGUGAUGGCAUCUUCAACUUCUGGUCUUUCUGUUGUAUUCAUUCCUGCAAUAGUACAAGGUUGAUUUUUUAUUUGCAGUGGUGUAAUAUUGUGGACAUGAUGAUUCAAUUAGCUAGAUAAUGUAUCUUUCUUA